AUGGACGAACCUCAACUAACACAAAACUCUGAAAACACACUUGAAACAGGUGUUGUGACUACAGCGACCUUAGCAGAACAUGAUCUUUAUACGCAAUCAGUCCCUGAUACGAGUGGGCAGGAAAUUCUGUUAUCCUUUUUAUCAGACUCCUUACCAUCUCAACGAGAUUUAGUGAAUAAUGACUGGUGUAAAGAUUACCUAAAUCGACUUACUUCAUUAUCUCUAGAGUCACUUAAACAUGAACCGUUACUAGUCGAAGAUGAACAAUUGAAAAUACAAAAAGAGUUAGCAGAACUUUCUUUUCGGGAAUACAAGUCCUGCAUUCACGCUAAUACGUGCUCAGUUGAAAUUAAUUCCUCUCUCGAUAGCCUAAAUUUGCAUUUAUCAACAUUAACAUCCACAAUUCCAUUAUUAGAAAAUUCAUGUACAUCUUUUUUACAGCAAACAAAUCAAAUUAUUCAACAGCGUGGUAAGAUCAAUACAAUUUUAGAGUGUCAUGAUAAUUUACUGGAAGUUUUAGAGAUUCCACAAUUAAUGGAUACAUGUGUUCGGAAUGGUCUUUAUUCUGAAGCAAUGGAUUUAUCUGCUCACGUUACAAGACUAGUCUCAAGAUAUUCUACAAUUCCAUUAAUUCAAAGUAUUGAACGAGAUGUGAAACAGACGAUGCAACUCAUGUUAUCAAAGUUAAUAACUCUUUUGAGUCAACCAAUUAAACUACCAAAUUGUCUAAAAGUAAUUGGUUAUCUGAGACGUAUGGAGGCAUUUGAUGAGGCUGAGUUAAGACUAGUAUUUUUGCUUUCUAGAGAUGCUUAUUUACGAUCAUUAAUCCGUACAAUUGAUAAAGAAAAAAAAGAUCCUGUUUACUACUUGAAAAAGUAUAUAGACAUAUUUAGAGAAAAUUUUUUUGAUAUUAUUACACAAUAUCGUGCUAUAUUUUCUGAUGAAGGUGGUGGUUUAGCAUCAACUCCUAUAUAUUCUUCACUCAUGAUGCCCCCCACACCAUCAUCACCUUGGGUGUCUUCUCCGCUGUCGGACAUUAGUACUAAUUCUUUGGGUAGGCGUACGAUGACUGCUGCAACUGCCAUUUCUGAUUAUACCAUCCAUAUUCUUGGACAAUUAACUUCAGUUCUUGCGGAAUUUACUCCUUUAAUUUCUGACACUUCAUCGCUUUCAUCUAUAUUAACACAACUUAUGUACUGUGGAAUGUCUCUUGGGAGAGUUGGCGUUGAUUUUCGACAUCUUGUUACUGGUUAUUUUGAAACAGCUGUUGAGCGGAUAGUCAAAAAGGUGAUUACUGAUGGAACACAAGAAUUUUGUGACGACUUGAAACAGGCUACUAAAAAUGUUGACCUACCUAAUACAUGGAUGAUUGGUGAUAAGAAAUCAACAAACUUAUUGGAUCUACGACCAUCAUCUUCUUCAACAUCUACAGCUUCUUCUUUUACUCCUUUAGUCACUCUAUUAGAUUAUCCACCAAUUGCUCAUUUGACAAAUGCUUACUUAACGGCUUUUAAUUCCUUACGUCUAGUAGCUCCAAUAUCUUUGUUUCAUCCACUUGGGAACCAUAUAUCGCAAAGUCUUAUGCUUAUCACUGAUUUGUUACGCGAAUAUGGUGAUAUCCUUAUUAAGCAUAAUCAUGACAUUACUGUUCUACAAGGAUUUAAUUCGAUGUUUGCUCAAAGUUUUGUACCUUUUAUUUCAAGAUGUUUUGUUGAAGGUGUUUAUGGAGGACUGAUAAGCGGUGAUGGUGUAGAUCAUCCUGAAAUUAUCGUUAAAUCCGAAAUUUUGGAUGCUCUUAAAGACUUUUUACCGACUUCAAGUAUUACUCCCCCUAACUUAAACGAUAAUACUGUUCUAGACGAAACAAACGAUAAUACUGCUCUAGACGAAACAAAUGAUAAUACGGUCCCAGACGAAAAAAAUGAUAAUACUGUCCCAGACGAAACAAAUGAUAAUACUGUUAUAGACGAAACAAAUGAUAAUACGGUCAUAGACGAAACAAAUGAUAAUAAUGUUAUAGACGAAACGAAUAAUACUAAUAAUACUAACGAGGGAUAG